AUGACUCCUGAAUGUGAAAACGAGGUGCAGCGAAUAAUCCAUUUACAGGCUAUGGCCAAUAGACUUCCUGACGCAUUUAAUGAUGCUACUAAGGUAACGAAGUCUUAUAUUCCAGCUGCAAAUGCUCCAGCUAGGAUAGCUGUUCCCGAAGAACAAGUUAAAAUGGAUCAAAAUCCCCCGCACUUGAAGUGUGGCAGACCGAUAGGAUCAAAAGAUACUGCUCCUCGAAAACGAAGGGGAAAGAAUCAAGAAUCCGCUCCAGAAGAGCCUGGCGUUAUGCUUGCUCCCAAAGAGCUUAUUGCCCCUGAAGAGGCGCAAACCCAUGAAAUGAGCAUUAGCGCCGGGAAUACUGAGAAUUCCAUUACAUAUUCUCGUUGUCCGUGUGAGUAUCAGUUGCUGCGACGGAUGUCGGCAAAAGCUCACGAAGAUAAUAGACAAGAUGGAAGGAGUGGAGCUUGUGGGUAUGAAGAUAGACGAGCAGUUGGUGGAGGUCAAAGGAAAAGUGGAUCCGGAGGUGAUCAAGAGCGCAAAUUCAUAAACAUCUUCAGAAAAAAGCGGUACUUGUUCAGUGAUACGGAUGGGGAAGGAAGGCCCUUAGUCGACGCCGGAUUUAGCGUCUUCAGAGACAAUGAAGAGCUUCCCGUAGGCGGGAAUAUCGGGCCGGAGCUCGAGCACACGAUCGAUGACUCGAGGAUCUACUUGCCGAUCUUCUCAGAAGGCUACGCAUCCAGCGCGUGGCUCAAGAGGGGUUGGUACGGCGAGGACCUGCUUUGGCACGAAGGGUUCUACGGCAAGGAGACGGUGCGAGAAUGGAGGGAGGCUCUAAAGGCCGUCACAGAUCUUAAAGGAUGGGACGUACCGAAAUUCGGGCUAGGAAAACUUCUUGUUCGAGAGCUUUCUAUUAAGCUGAAGAAGGGACAGAAGGUUCUUCCGGAUCAUUUAGUUGGAAUUGAUGAUCGAGUCAAAGAUGUGAUGCAGUUGUUGGACUGCGGCUCCAUGGACAGACGGUUUUUUAUUGUGCAUGGGAUGGGAGGCAUCGGCAAGACAACUCUUGCCAAGGCGGUUUUCAACGAGAUAGCUCCCUUGUUUGAUGGUUGCAGCUUCCUUUCAGUUGUCCAAGAAAGAUCACAAUGUGAUGGCAUUGUAAGUUUGCAAAACCAGCUGUUAUCUGAUAUUUUGAAGAGGUCCUUAGUUGUCCAUAAUGUUGAUGAUGGAGUCAACAUGAUACAAGAAAGAUUUCGCAACAAGAGAGUCCUCAUUGUUCUUGACGAUGUUGAUGAGAUAAAGCACCACGUGGAAUUGAUAGGGAACCCUGCCUGUCUCAGCCCAGGAAGCAGGAUUAUUGUCACAACUAGGAAUAAGGAUCUUCUGCGAACGGUAGAAAUGGGACAACAGGAUAAUGUCCCAUCUCGUCUUAAAGGAUAUUAUGAUUAUGAGAUGACAGUGAUGAAUAAUAACCAUACUCUUGAACUUUUCAGUAAAUGGGCCUUUGGAGAAACUCUACCUCAAGAUGAUCUGAAAACUUUUUCCAGUGAAAUAGUGGCCUCUACUGGAGGACUUCCUUUGGCUCUCGAAAUUAUAGGUUCUUUUCUCUACAGGAAAAGGCGCGAGAUAUGGAAAGAAACACUGGAGCGUUUAAAAGAAAUAUCUGAGAGGAUAGUCCUAGAUAAAUUAAAAAUAAGUUAUGAUGCAUUAGACUCUGGGCAGAAGCAAAUUUUCUUAGACUUGGCAUGCUUUUUCAAAGGCGUAGAUAGCAAAUCCGCAACAUAUGUGUGGAAAGAUUGUGGUCUUUUCCCUGAAAGUGGACUUGCUGCUCUCACCAAGAUGUCUCUGUUGAAGAUAGAGCCUCACAACAUUCUUCGGAUGCAUGACCUAGUCAAAGAUGUUGGAUGGGAAAUUGUUCGAGGGGAGAAUUAUCAGGAUGCAGGAGGUCGAAGCUGGUUGUGGGAAUCUGAGGAAUGCCUUCAUUUACUUCGUGAACUGAAUGAUUACCGGCAAAAGAGCAUUGUUGAAUCACUUAGGUUACUAUUCCCUAAGGUACAGACGCUUUCAAGUCAAGAAUUUGCUGCUCUGCCAAAGCUAAGGCUGCUUCAUGUUGAUGGGGUAAAGUUCACUGGAGAUUAUAAGAACCUUCUGAGAAAAUUGAGAUGUUUAUCUUGGGAUCAUUGUCCUGCAGACUUUGAUGCGACCAAUUUCUCUCCAAGCAAUCUAAUCGUUCUCAAGCUUUCACAUAGUGAACUUAGAGAUGAUUGGCCAGGAUGGCACCAAAUCACGAAAUCAUCAAAGUCGAAAGUUUUGGAACUUGGAGAAUGCAGCCGCUUAACUAGAUUGCCCUUCCUCUCUGCCCUCUUGAGGUUAGAAAGAUUGAUUGUACGAAAUUGCCAAAGCUUGGUUGAAGUUGAUGAAUCAAUUGGCAAGCUAGUGCACCUAAAUUACUUGGAAAUCGAUGCAUGCAAAUCUCUGAGAGAGCUGCCCGAAGAAGUCGGUUGUCUGAAGGCUUUGAAAGAGCUGAUCGUGAGAGGGACAAUACUUGGUCCUGUUGUUUCAUAUCUUCCCAACUCGAUCGGUAAUCUACAGUCUUUGACAAGGCUAGAGAUGGAAAGUGUUGGAAUUAGCGAACUUCCACACAGAAUUGGAGAGCUAAAGGACCUUGAAAGCUUGUGUUUGUCCAGAUGUUAUGAGCUAAGAGAGCUUCCAAACUCAAUUGGGGGACUAGAAUCACUACUUGAGUUGGAUCUGUCUCAUACCAAAGUAACAGAAUUACCUGAGUCGAUUGGGUUCCUGAGGAAGUUGAAAGUGAUAAGGAUAGAUCAUAGUGAGGUGAGGAAGAUCCCAGGGACUAUAGGCAUGGUGGAGAAGCUUGAAGAAUUUCAUGCAGAAAAAUGCUUGAAUUUGGAGGGAGAUAUUCCUAAUGGAAUGGGGAGUCUAUCCUCUCUGAAAAUCCUGAACUUAUCUCACACUCGCAUUCGAUCUGUGCCCACAACAAUCAACCAGCUUUCUCAUCUCCAGGAACUUCAUUUGGAAGGUUGCCACAAGCUUAAACGAAUCCCAGAGCCUCCUGCCAGUUUGAUUAACCUACAUGUCGAGUCUCGCUUGCUAGAGACAGUCCCAAACCUCUCAAAGCUGACCAAUUUAGUCAAUCUAAUUGUAUCUGACUACUCUGACGAAUGUCCUUCUAACCCAUGGGAUGCCAACUCUAUCCAAACUCCAAACCUGAAGUGGGUUGGGAGGUUGUAUAGACUGGAGAGGCUGAAACUGAUUCACAAAAGCAUCAUUGCACUACCGACUGAGUUAGCUUCCGUUCCUGGCCUGGAGCGACUUGUGCUGUCUUGUUUUGACCUGCAAUUACUCACUCAGCCGCUUCCUCCCACACUGUCCAUGUUGAAGCUUAUAAACUUCAACUCAUUGCCAAAAUUAUCAUGCCGUUCUGACUUUAGAAGUAUGUCGAGUUUAGAGCUAUGUAAAUCAUGGCUGAUAGAAAUUCCACUCAGUCGGUUUGGACAACUGGAGAAUCUGAGAGAACUGACCAUGUCGAACUGCGCAUUUCUUGUGCGGUUAUCCCAUCUGUCAUGCUUGAAGAAGCUCAAAGUGUUGUGCUUGUUGAACUGCCCGAAGCUAGUUGAGAUCCAAGAUCUUAUCGAACUGAAAUCACUGGAAGGAAUAAGGAUUGACCGGUGCAAUUCCCUAGUAAGGUUGCCUAAUCUCUUGAAGAUGAAGAAGUUGAGGACAAUAGAAAUUAGAUUCUGCAAAUUGUUGCUGAGUUUGCCUUUUCUAUCUUGGGAAGCUAUUGAAGAUUGUCAUCUAGUAGUUGACGGAUGCGAUAAGCUAGCCAACCACGAUGGCCUUUUUCGGCUUCACAAAUACAAAAAGCAAUGUCCAGACCCCCGAUCGCGCCUAUGA